CGAAGGGAAUUCCCUGGAGUGAGGCGUGUGGGCAAAGUAUUGCAGGAACAAUCGGGCUUCCCGCGAUUGCCCUUCUGUGGGCAGGGAAACUGAGGCCGGGGCCCGUGUAGCGACUUGCCCAAGGUCAGAACGCACGGUUGACUGUCCUGGUCCGGGAACGGGACCCAGGCGUCCAGAGCAGCCCAGCGCUCAGCAGCUCUUGGCUUUGCGGCGCUGGUGUUGGCCUUUGAUACAUCUCUGUUGUGUUUGUUUUAGAAAUCUGCUGGCAUUGUGGGACCGGCUUCGCUUUGGAGCCGCUGAACGUCAACUUGCUUCGUGUGUUCUGGGUAGGUGUGGGGCAGGUGGCAGCUCCGUGACCUACCGACGCGGAUGGAGACGGACUUUCUGAUGAAGAAACCCAAACAGUCGGUGCCGGUGCCGUUCCAGGGCUAUUUAGCUGUCAGAGGUUUUGAGAAAACCUGCCCUGUUCCCUUUGGGGAAUCCGAAGGAGGGAGCUUACAGACACCUUCAUUGGGAAGCCAAGGACAUUUCUGUAUAAUCAGUGGAUGAAAGGAUUUUCUCAGACUCUUUUUUCCCUUUUCCUCGAGGAUUAAUUCACUGCAAUCUACAGUUCCAGUGGAAACCGCAAGGCAUGCGAUGUGGCAGAAGCCUAGAGGGCCUUCAGAAUUGUUCUGGACCCUUCUUUUAGCAUAGGGGAGUUCAACACAAGCCAUCGGCCACCANCCCACCCCCCCCCCCCCCCAGUCUUGCUGAUCUCUUCUCUUUAACCUGUUCUCAUUUUUUGAGUUAAAUUCUGUUUCCAAAACUGUCCUCUGGAGCUAUAAGUGGAUUGCCAGAAAUGAGAGAUUAAGUGCGAGAGAAGAGGGAGCGUCCUGUGUUGUGUCUCUUCUCUGCUGCCGACAUGAAGUGCUUUUUCCCAGUGCUGAGUUGUCUGGCUGUGCUGGGUGUAGUGCCGGCACAGCGACAUGUCGCCGUCCAGGAAGGACCCCUGUACCGCACGGAGGGCUCCCACAUCACCAUCUGGUGCAACGUGAGCGGCUACCAGGGGCCUUCUGAGCAGAAUUUCCAGUGGUCCAUUUACCUGCCAUCCGCCCCGGAGCGCGAGGUCCAAAUCGUCAGCACCGUGGACUCUUCCUUCCCUUACGCCAUCUACACCCAGCGAGUCCGUGGGGGGAAGAUCUACGUGGAAAGAGUGCAGGGGAACUCAGCUUUGCUGCACAUCACUGACCUCCAGGCCCGGGAUGCCGGGGAGUAUGAGUGCCACACGCCCAACACAGAUGAGCGGUACUUUGGAAGUUACAGUGCCAAGAUGAACCUAGUGGUGAUCCCCGACACCCUGCAGACCACGGCCGUGCCCCAGACUCUGCACAAGGUGGAGCAGGACCCCCUGGAACUCACGUGUGAGGUGGCCACGGAGACGUUCCAGCACAGCCACCUGUCUGUGGCCUGGCUCCGGCAACGAGGGGGCGAGAAGCCGGCGGAGGUCAUCUCCCUGAGCCGCGAUUUCGUGCUUCACUCCAGCAGCGAGUACGCCCAGAGGCAGAGCCUGGGGGAGGUGCGGCUGGACAAGCUGGGGAGCACCACCUUCCGCCUCACCGUCUUCCACCUGCAGCCCUCCGACCAGGGCGAGUUCUACUGUGAGGCUGCCGAGUGGAUCCAGGACCCGGACGGCUCGUGGUACGCCAUGACCCGAAAGCGUUCCGAGGGCACCGUGGUCAACGUCCAGCCCACGGACAAAGAGUUCACCGUUCGGCUGGAAACGGACAAGCGGCUGUACACGGUGGGUGAACCGGUGGAGUUCAGAUGCAUCCUGGAGGCUCAGAACAUUCCUGACCGUUACUUCGCCGUCUCCUGGGCCUUCAACAGCUCGCUCAUUGCCAGCAUGGGGCCCAACGCCGUGCCGGUGCUCAACAGUGAGUUUGCCCAUCGGGAAGCCAGGGGCCAGCUGAAAGUGGCCAAAGAGAGCGACAGCGUCUUUGUGCUGAAGGUCUACCACCUCCGCCAGGAAGACAGCGGGAAGUACAACUGUCGUGUGACAGAGAGAGAGAAGACGGUCACCGGGGACUUCCUCGACAAGGAGAGCAAGCGGCCCAAGAACAUCCCCAUCAUCGUCCUCCCCAUCAAGAGCAGCAUCUCCGUGGAGGUGGCCAGCAACGCCAGCGUCAUCCUGGAGGGUGAGAACCUGCACUUCUCCUGCAGCAUCCGCACGGCGGGUCGGCCGCAGGGCCGCUUCUCCGUCAUCUGGCAGCUCGUGGACCGGCAGAACCGCCGCAGCAACAUCAUGUGGCUGGACCGGGAUGGCACUGUGCAGCCAGGCGCGUCCUACUGGGAGCGCAGCAGCUUUGGGGGCGUCCAGAUGGAGCAGGUGCAGCCCAACUCGUUCAGCCUGGGCAUCUUCAACAGCAGGAAGGAGGACGAGGGCCAGUACGAAUGCCACGUGACUGAAUGGGUACGGGCCGUGGACGGCGAGUGGCAGAUCGUCGGGGAGCGCCGGGCCAGCACCCCCAUCUCCAUCACGGCUCUCGAAAUGGGCUUCGCGGUCACAGCCAUCUCCCGCACGCCGGGGGUGACCUACAGCGACUCCUUCGACCUGCAGUGUAUCAUCAAGCCCCAUUACCCCGCCCGGGUCCCUGUGUCAGUGACGUGGCGGUUCCAGCCGGUAGGCACCCUCGAGUUCCAUGACCUGGUGACCUUCACCCGGGACGGAGGGGUCCAGUGGGGGGACAGGUCCUCCAGCUUCCGAACCCGAACGGCCAUCGAGAAGGCCGAGUCAAGCAACAACGUGCGCCUGAGCAUCAGCCGGGCCAGUGACACGGAGGCGGGCAAGUACCAGUGCGUGGCCGAGCUGUGGCGGAGGAAUUACAACAACACCUGGACGCGGCUGGCCGAGCGGACCUCCAACCUUCUGGAGAUCAGGGUGCUGCAGCCAGUGACAAAGUUGCAGGUGAGCAAGUCGAAGAGGACCCUCACCCUGGUGGAAAACAGGCCCAUCCAGCUGAGCUGCUCCGUCAAGUCUCAGACCAGCCAAAACUCCCACUUCGCCGUGCUGUGGUACGUCCACAAGCCCUCGGACGCCGACGGCAAGCUCAUCCUGAAGACCACGCACAGCUCAGCCUUUGAGUACGGCACCUACGCCGAGGAGGAGGGCCUGCGCCCCAGGCUCCAGUUCGAGAGGCACGCGUCCGGGGGCUUGUUCAGCCUCACCGUGCAGAGAGCUGAGGUCAGUGACAGUGGCAGCUACUACUGCCACGUGGAGGAGUGGCUGCUGAGCCCCAACUAUGCCUGGUACAAGCUAGCCGAGGAGGUUUCGGGGCGCACGGAAGUCACCGUGAAGCAGCCAGACAGCCGCCUGAGGCUCAGCCAAGCGCAGGGGAAUCUGUCAGUCCUGGAGACACAGCAGGUGCAGCUGGAGUGUGUGGUGUUGAACCGCACCAGUGUGACCUCCCAGCUCGUGGUGGAGUGGUUUGUGUGGAAGCCCAACCACCCGGAGCGGGAGACCGUGGCCCACCUGAGCCGCGAGGCUACCUUCCACUAUGGGGAGCAGGCGGCCAAAAACAACUUGAAGGGGCGGCUGCAUUUGGAGAGUCCUUCCCCCGGUGUGUACCGGCUCUUCAUCCAGAACGUGGCCGUGCAGGACAGCGGGACCUACAGCUGCCGUGUGGAGGAGUGGCUGCCCAGCCCCAGCGGCGUGUGGUAUAAGCGGGCAGAGGACACUGCUGGACAGAUGGCUGUGACGGUCAUGCGGCCAGAUGCUGCCCUGCAGGUGGACACGGUGGUCCCCAAUGCCACCGUGUCUGAGAAGGCAGCUUUCCAGCUGGACUGCAGCAUUGUUUCUCGGUCAAGUCAGGACUCCCGCUUUGCCGUGGCCUGGUACUCUCUGAGGACUAAAGCUGGAGGGGAAAGAGAUGGCCCUGGCCUGGGCGAACAGGAGGAGGAAGGGGACGAGGAGGAGGAAGAGGACCCAACAGAGCGGACAGCCCUGUUGAGUGUGGGCCCAGAUGCUGUCUUUGGCCCGGAGGGCAGCCCCUGGGAGGGCAGGCUUCGCUUCCAGAGGCUCUCCCCCUUGCUCUAUCGGCUCACUGUGCUGCAGGCGAGCCCCCAGGACACGGGCAACUACUCCUGCCGCGUGGAGGAGUGGCUGCCCAGCCCUCAGAAGGAGUGGUACCGGCUGACGGAAGAGGAGUCGGCGCCCAUUGGCAUCCGGGUUCUGGACACAAGUUCCACGCUGCAGUCCAUCAUCUGCUCCAAUGACGCGCUUUUCUACUUCGUCUUCUUCUACCCUUUCCCCAUCUUUGGUAUCCUCAUCAUCACCAUCCUGUUGGUGCGCUUCAAGAGCCGGAACUCCAGCAAGAACUCAGAUGGGAAGAAUGGGGUGCCCCUGUUGUGGAUCAAAGAGCCACACCUCAACUACUCCCCCACUUGCCUGGAGCCCCCUGUGCUCAGUAUCCACCCGGGAGCCAUAGACUAAGGGCAGCCCAGCGGACCUCAGCCACGGAGGAGCUGAGACCCUCCCUUCCUGCCUCUUGCUCUGUGAUCGCGCAGCAGACCGCACCCAACCUCUGGAGUGCUCUCGCCCGAAGACUGUCAGACUUGAGAAGUGUUUGAAGUCCCCAUCGGUCCCAGAGACAGACUGCCUCUAGGUGGCAGUCUUGGUUGGUUAGCUGUUCUGGAGCAGAUGUCCUUAUCCUGCAGAAUUAGGCUCCUUGUUUUUGUUUUCGGUAAUGUAGUGAGUAGCUCCAGGUGCCACGUCUACUCACCGAUUUAUAUAGUAUUCGCAGAUAGAUGUUACAGGGGUUCUUAUUCUUUGUAAUGGACUCUUUUUAAUCCCUUUGGUUCACCCUUUUUGGAUUCCGUAAUGUGACGGACGAAUUUCUCUUUAACAUACCACUAGUGGCAAAAGGAAGGAUGAACUUUAUGGCACAAAGGAAUCUCUUCCAAGACUUAUUGUUUUUGCAUACUUGAAAACGCUACCCGUGGAUCAGAACACACCCGAACGUUUUUUACUUUCUUAACGAGACUUGAAAAUUAUGCGUAGUGUGGGCCCAAUUUGUAUCUUAUCUUUUCCCUCAGCUGGAGUGGUUGGGACCACUUUGUAGUCAAGAUGAAAGCGUUGAAUUUUGCUUCAAAGAACUGUGUACGUACAGGAGAAAUCCGGCAUAACCCCAUUAGGAGUAGACAGUGUCCGACUAGCCUGUCAGGGAGGCAAAAAAUAGGCUUCAUCCCAAGCUUGCCAAAAAAAAAAAAAAAAAAAAAAAAAAAAAAAAAAAAAAGAAAAGAAAAAAAAAACACUUUGUUGGAGAAUAAGUCAAAAGCUGCAAACAGCACACACUUUGCCAGCUAAAGUGGGCAGAGGGCUGCUUUUAGCAGCUACUGACUUUCAGAUUGAUCAAAGCUGGUGAUUAGCGAAGGAGGGAAAAGAGGCUAGUGGUUGCCUUGAUCUGUAUGCAGGAGCCUUCUCUAACUGAUAACUGUGAGUGGCUGGGCUUCUAUCCUAAGGUGCUUUGCCAAACUCUUAAGGGGAAGUGGCCAGGGAGACUGAAAGGGGGACAGUGCUGAGCUGAACACAUCAGGCCCCAAGCAGCUACCACAGGACACCUUAUACCGGAGCGCACGGGGCAGGCUGGCAGCUAAGUUCCUGCGAGGGUCAGUGGUAGGAUGGGGUGGCUUCCAGAGCCUGACCUUGGAGACCAGGGGAAGAAUGACUGCCACGCUGGAGAUACAAAGACUAGGUUUUUCUUCUUCCCUCCAGGUAGAUUUUCCUCCAAGAGAACGAUGUCUUCCUUAUUCACCAUUUCUCUCGGCCUGUAUCUUACUGCCGUAAGAAUAUCUGCCCAGGAGAGGUCAGACACAGCCCUUUUGUGACCCAUUCAGAUGACCUCGUCUCAGUGGAGAAGUGGUCACAUGCCUGUGUGGGUGUUUGCUCUUCCCCUUCUUAGAUCUUGUUUGUGGUUUUGGGCGAUUUGGUUGUUCGUUGCUAUGGUGGCGAUUCAUUCCAAUGCCCACUAAAGCCCAUCAAGGCCAGUGUCACCCCUGUUCCUUUAUGGGGCAACGUGCUUGGCUCCCCUGGAGCACCAUUCAUGGGUUACAAGUGUUGCCUCUUGCUCACUCCAUGGGAGGAGUGUUUAUGCCCUGGGGCUUCUCUGUUUUGCCAGCCACAAGCACCAUCUCCUUUCCUCUUAAACUUGCAUCUUGAAUCCCAAGGGAAUUCCCAGUUUAGAAAAAGGCCACCAGGGAUUCUGGAGCUAAGUCUAACCAGAGAGAUUCUUGUCUGUUCUGAGGCUUAAUGGACUCCACGGGAGGCCAUGGGGGUGCCGAUCCGGAUUGGGGUCUUUGGGGGGUACAGGUGGCGUGGGUGCUCAGCAGAUGAUCUGCGAUGCCAUAGCUGUGGGAAAGCCAGGCGAACGACAGGCUUGCGUAGACCUGCCUCCUCUCCCCCGCUGCCCCGCCAGUGCUCUCCUAUGAGACCGUGUGUGGGCGCCGCCACCUGCAUCCCUCUGUUACAGCCUGUGUGCUCAUUCGCAUUUCUUACGUAUGCUGCAUCAACGCUGCGGGGGUACGGAGUCUGCUGGCUCAGCGGUGCAGGAAGAAGACAGUCCUUUGCCCCAUUGCUUCCUUUCAGGCACGUGGGCCUUCUGUGGAAAAUCGGCCCCUAAUUAGCCUGAGUCAAUGAGGGAAGAUGACUUACUUUCCUCUGGGACAAGGGAAAGAUGCCAGAGGGCUGGCUGGGACUGGGUGCUUAACGGACUACAAAGAGUUGACUUUGCUUUGGUUCACAGCUGUAGGAAAGUAGGUAAUGCACGGAAUUAAAUAUGUGAAGCAGUUGCAGGAAAUUUGAAAGGAAGAAAAGAAACCGAAGCCAGUAUUUUGAUAAUUGGGUUUUUUGGGGUUUUUUGUCCCCCUGUGUAUUUUCUCUUGGGCUGGGGGAUACCAUCAAAGGGUGAGCUUUUCAGCUUUCUGUGAAAAUCCCCAGGACCUUGUUGGGCUGUUUCUAUGGAAAUGUGGUGUCAGAGAGUGGUAAUGGUGCCCUCCAGUGGCUGGAGACCUCAUUGCACACGGCCUCCCGGAGUUCUAGGCCAUGGACCAGGAGAGGAAAACUACCAGCUGUUCUCUGGACUUCUCUACAGCUACAAUGUUGCAUUCAUGAGAAACUGCACUGUGCUAGGCCCAUCCCAGGACAUGGAUAUGACCACACCCUCCUUCAUCAGGGUGUAUCUGUAGCAGGUUUUCAUAUUCUUUUCAAACAAUGGUUUCUCUGCGUUUAUUGUUGAAAAAACAGGUAGGGUAAGGAAACUACCCACGCAUGAUGUAGAGAGCUGUUGAUUUGUUUUUGUUUUUGUUUAUUUUGGUUUUUGGUUUUUUUUAAAGGAAAACUAUUUGUAAAAUGUUGCACUAAAAUGUUUUAUAUACACUUCAGAGACCUGUAGUAAAUUAUGUUGAAAAUAUGGCUGUUUACAGUUACUGGA